GAGAGGAGUCACUGACAAACGCUCUGGAGAAAAGUUUUGACUUGAACAUUUUCCUCCGGAUCGCCUACCUUUUGUUAAUCUAGAGCGUUGUGAUGCGUAUUCCCGUAGAUCCCAGCGCAAGUCGGAGGUUCAGUCCCCCGUCUAGUAGCCUUCAGCCCGUGCCGGUGAAAAUGAACGAUGUGAACACCACUACCACCACGGGACAGCAAGACGCGACCGUGCCCAGGCUGCGCCCGCAAGAGAACCGUUCCAUGGCCGAAAUCAUCGCAGAUCACCCUGCCGAACUUGUUCGGACGGACAGUCCAAAUUUUCUUUGUUCUGUUCUGCCUUCUCAUUGGAGGUGCAACAAAACACUUCCCGUGGCGUUCAAGGUUGUUGCACUAGGGGAAGUAGCUGACGGGACCACGGUCACAGUGAUGGCUGGCAACGACGAGAACUACUCGGCCGAGCUGAGGAACGCUUCUGGAGUUAUGAAGAAUCAGGUUGCCCGCUUCAACGACCUCCGUUUUGUGGGAAGGAGUGGAAGAGGCAAGAGCUUCACCCUGACAAUUACAGUAUUCACCAACCCGCCACAAGUAGCGACUUACCACCGAGCCAUCAAAGUCACUGUGGACGGCCCGCGAGAGCCAAGACGGCACAGGCAGAAGCUGGACGACUCGCCCAAAGCCGGCCUCUUCUCGGACCGACUCGGCGACUUUGAGCGCGUCCGGCAGGCCACCAUGAGGGUCGGCGUGCCGACACAAGGGCCACGGCCUUCCCUCAACGCCGGCCCCAACUCCUUCUCUCCGCAGGGCCAAGGUCAGAUAUCAGGUGCUUCCGAUCUGAGUCCUUUCCCGGGCCAGUUUGAGCGCCAGUUCCCAGGCUUCUCCUCACUCACCGAGAGCCGCUUCUCCAGUCCCAGGAUGCACUACCCAGCCACGUUCACCUACACGCCCACGCCUGUCACCUCGGGCAUGUCCCUGGGCAGUGCCCACUACCACACCUACCUGCCGCCCCCUUACCCGGGCUCCACCCAGAGCGGCCAGAGUGGGCCCUUCCAGAGCAGCAGCACCCCUUAUCUCUACUACGGGGCCUCGACCGGGUCGUACCAAUUCUCCAUGGUGCCGGGGGGAGGUGGCGGAGCAGGAGGAGCAGGAGGAGGAGGAAGCGGGGGAGGAGGCGCAGUUGGAGAUCGCUCGCCUGGCCGAAUGCUGCCUCCCUGCACGAGCGCCUCCACGGGGAGCUCGCUGGUCAACAGCAGCCUUCCUGGGCAGGCGGAGAGUAGUGGAGGGGUGGAGGGGGACGGCAGCCACAGCAACUCCCCGACCAUGCUGAACACGGCCGGCAGGAUGGACGAGGGUGUCUGGAGACCGUACUGAAAGUCUGAACUGAGUGGACUAGCAGGAAAUUUGCUAAUAGACUGAUUGAUUGGUUGAUUGGUUGGUUGGUUGGUUGGUUGGUUGGUUGGUUGAUUGGUUGGUCAGCAGAGGUGGAAAGGGUAAAAAUCCUACCAUCAGUUGGUUCUUUCCUGUCAAUUAACACAGGUGAUUUCACCAUUGAGCUGAUCUACCUGGCCGAAGAGUUGUGCUAAUUAGAAUCAGCAUCUUUAGUGAAUGUUUAAAACAAAUAUGGGGUCGGAUUUUUACUUUCUGAAGCCAGAGUUUCUCACCUCUGUUGGUUGGUUGGUACAUUGGUGGAUAGUCAGGUGAUACAAGGGCCUGCGAUAUUGAAAGACUUAGAAACGUCAAAUCCACAUCAUGGUUCCAAAGCACAACCCUCACUGAAGAUUCAUCUUCAAAUGAAUGAUUUUUGUUGCUGUUAUUUUGGUUUUGUGAGGUUUUUAUUUUUGUUUUUCAGAGAUAUCGCUCUCACCUAAUUUGUUAUGAAACAUUUUUGAACUAUUGUCUUUCAUUUGGGUAUAUCUGAGUAUUUAUAAACCAAAGGGAAAUAUGCGCUCAGCAUUGAACUAUUCAGUCAUUCAGAAGAGCAUGCUUACGUGAGUGACUACAACAUUCUGCAGAGUCAUCAUGAAACACAAAAGACUUAAAGACACUUUUGAUUCAGAGCAUUCUCUGGAGGAUGGAGAAAACAUUGUAAACUAUAGUAUGUCUCAGCAUGUUUAUUUUAUUUUUUAUUUUAUUUUAUUUGAAUUUUGGUUUGCCUACAACACAGGUAUGAACAGUUGCAAAUGAGGCACUUGUAGAAAUGCAUUCAGUAUACUAAGAUUUUGUGAUCUGACCAAGUAGUUUGCUUUUUAAAAAUCUGUACUCUUUAAUUAAU